AAUCGUAGUCGAAGCGUAGAAGAUACGCACGUAUAUAUUAUUAUUGUCGAGUUUCAAAUAAUCUCGUCGAACGAUAAUAUUAUAAAGCGAAGGAAAGACACAGUGCAAAAACUGAACGGCGCCUUCUCGAUCGUCGAACCGUCGUCUCGACCAAUAACGAACGUCGCCACCUUCUCCUCCCCCCUCCCCUACUCCUGACCAUCUUUCUAUCUCUUUCUCUCUCUCUCUCUCUCUUUACGUGUACUCUGCUAUUUCGAGGGAGAAAGAAGAAAAAGAAAAGAAGAAGAAAAAAAGGAGGAGGAGGAGGAAGAGAAGGAAUCGAUUGUGGUGGGGAGUUAAAUCGUAUGAAAUUUUUUGAGGUGAUUCAGUCUCGUCCGGUUUUGUUAUAAUCGUGCGGAGGUAUUUAAAAGACGAUGUUGACUAUUGACUGAUCGGGUAAUUUUUUGGUUCUCGGGGGGGUGGUGUGGUGGUAUUGGUGAAGAAGAAGGAGAAGAAGAAGGAGGAGGAGGAGAACGAGUCGAUAGAGUAAAGUAAGAAGAAACAAAAGACGGUGGAGAUGAUGAUGGCGCCACAGGUGGUGGGUGUUCUGCUGAAGAAGCCGGGACAGCAGAACCAUCCGCGCAUAACGCCCCUCGAUCGACAGGAAACCAAGAUAAGGGGGGAGCUCUACGUCGAAAAUCUGGCUGAGAGAAGGACCGUCUUGAUCAGGAUGGGAUGGUUGUGGGUCGAGGGUACUUCAAUGAAGUUACCCCUAAGGGCAUUGAACCUUCGUCAAGCGGCAUCCAGUCUUUGUCAGCCUCACGCUCUCGCCCUUGGAUUUACUCUGAGCAAUUCUCAGGGUCAUUCGCUUGCUACGUUUUGGGCCGACACAGAACCGAUAUACUGGUCUUGGGUGAAAGCGAUAGCGGCAGAGUUGGUUAGACAGACUCCGUUUCGUGCUCGAAGAUGUUUAAAUUUCCUCGAAAUCCUGACGAUUUGUCCAAGAAGUCCAGCACCGUUUCCGGAGAGUCUCGCUGAAUCGAGAAGACGUUCACGAAGCGAGCUUCGUUGUUGGCCAAUCGAGUCGCCGAUAGAAAGUAAUUCGAAAAAUUCAACGAGCAUACUCGAAGAAUCUAGGAGAAGAGCUAGAAGCGAGUUACGCGGUUGGUCAAGCAGUAAUUCGAGCGACGAGGAUAAUUUAGGAGAAUUUCGUAGUAUACCGACGAUAAUAACAACGAAGGAUCAAACAGUUACGAGAACUUGGGGUUGUAGCGAGAGUAGCGAAGGUAGCGACGACAGUCUUCCAUGGGGAGGUGGAAUUUGUCGAUCAAGCGUGGACUCCGUCGAUUCGACGGUCUCCAUGUCGGAACCUGAGACCAAAGAACAAAGGAUACAAAGGUACAAGGAAACACGUAGACGAGAGAACGAAGCAAGAAGUCGUCGUGUUUUGGAAGAAGAUGCUAGGAGACGAAAAGCGAGAGCUGAGGAGAACAAUAACGAGCUUCCAAAAAUAUACGGACCGAGAAAUAGAUAUUAUUCCGUGAACGACAACGACGAUCUUCUUCAACGAUCACCGAAGAAGGAAUCACCAAGUGUUACCGAGUCCAGCGAGAUAGUUAGAAACGAAAACGUUAGAUUACCACCUGUCAAACCAGUCGAACCUUUCACGGUUAGAUUCGAAGAGAGUGAAAGACCCGAGGAUGAUAAUAAUAAUAACGAUAGCAACAACAACAACAAUAAUAAUAAUAAUAAUAAUAACAAUAAUAAUAAUAAUAAUAAUAAUAAUAAUAAUAAUGGUAUUGCUGGAAACGAUCAAACGCGAUGCAAUAACAACACCGUUACCAAUGGCAUAUUAAGAACCGAUGCGAAUAACGAACGAAGAAGUCGAGCGAGAGAGAGGCGAAUUUUUCGUGAGAAGGGUCAAUCUCAGCAGACGCAACAAGUAACCAGUAGUAACAACGUUGAGAGUUUGCAAGAACGAAAGGAACGAUUGGCUGCGAUAUCAUCAAGAAUACCGGUGCCUCGUCAGUUGUCUCAAGGAAACGAAAGAACAACUACCGGUAAAUGCGUUACGAGUUCAUCGUUGAUGGAUGGUUGCAUGAGUUUGCCUAGAUCUUCAACGACAACGGCUCUAUCGAUAAUGAAAGAACCACCUUGCGAGGAGGACGUUGCUAGACUCUUGGAAAGGUGUCAGAGGGUCGAUCAUUACGUACCGGUUCGUGAGAAGCUUACCUUGUUUGAAUCACUUUCGAGAUUAGGCGGUCGAUUGGCCAGAAGUACGGAGGAUCUUGGUAGAUCAGAAUCUAAACCGAGUCCAAGAGGGAAACAACGUGCCAGAUCCCUUCACGAUUUAAAUCGUGGCGCUAGGUCAGUACCUGUACGUGAAAUGUGCCGAUUUUUCGAAGGUGAUCUACGUGACACAGGUCAGAGCAACGCCGUUAAUAACAAAUACUCGACAUUGACGAAACCUUCAACUAGAUUCAGCGAUCCACCGACGCCAACUAGAAACACAACUUGGAAGGAUAACUUGAUAUCCAACAAAAGCGACGCACCAUGCGUUAGAACGUCUACGAGGAAGAAACAUUAUGCGAAAUGAUCGUUCUCGCGAUAAUAAUUAUUGCUUAGAAAGAAAUAAAAGGAUGACGUGUUC